ACCUGUCGCAACAAUUUCCGCAGUAAAAUAUGGCUCAAACGUUAUGCAUUUGGGAUCUUUCAUCAUCCACAAAGAGUAUCGAGAUCUGGACUACGCCAAACGUAUUUUACAAGUUAUGAGAGAACGCCAUGAUGAAAAGCCAGCAAGUACAAUAAAAGUGUGGUACGCUCUAGCUUCACACGUUGAAUUUCAAAAGAAGAUGUUUGGUGCUGUUUGUCAAUGGCCAGUUGGCAUUUACGAUCUCAAUGUAAGAAGAAGUUUAGACAAACUUCAAGGUUAUUCAAGCCAUUUUCAGUUGAAUCAUAUCGAUGUAAAUAACAUGCAUGACGUGCUAGUUUAUGACAAUAAAGUGUUCGGAUACAAACGAGCAAAACUCUUGAGAAUGUGGUUAGGUUCACCUGGUACUCAUGCCCAAGUAGCGUUUAGCCAAGAUGGAAGAAUUUUAGGCUACGUUGUUGUGAGAUUAGCCUUCUUCCCUGAAGAAGGUUACAAACUUGGUCCACUUUAUUGCGAAGACAUCGAAGUAGGAAAAUCCCUUAUAAAAAGUGUUUUCGAAGAUAUCAACGAUCACGGCUUUUCACGAUCGAAUUCUGUCAUCGUUGACAGCCCAACGGGACGGAAUGCAAAAGCAAAAGAGUUGAUGGAAUUUCUGGAUGGUAAAUAUCUUGGGAAUACCUAUUAUUCAACAACAAACCGUCUCCCUAAUGCAUCUUUCGAUCAAUGGUUUGCUAUUUUUUCACCUGCAUACGGAUAGAGUUUAAAAAUUAUAUAGACAAUCUUAUGGAAGAUCAAAUUCUUGGACAAAAAGAACGAUAUCAUUAUAUAACGAAAUGUGAUUAGAAUGCGUCAUAUCAUUUCAAAAAAGGACAUGAACAUUUUUGACAGUAAAGCUUGUUAUAGCACACUGAAUAAUUACGCCUUUGUAAUUUGUAUCAACAUAUCAAUUGUAAAUGAGAAG